UCCGCCCCGGAGCUCCCCGGGAGAGUCAGUAGAAAAGUCCGCAACGCCCUUGGCAAGCCUCACUUGUACACUCGCGCCCGGGGAGACUGUCAACCUAGACAUGGCGAGUCGGGAGAAGGCAAGCGUUUCGGGCAACGUGUUCGACGUAGUCGUGAUAGGCGGUGGCAUAUCAGGAUUAUCUGCAGCUAAAUUGUUAGCUGAACUUGAAGUUAGUGUUUUGGUUUUAGAAGCCCGGGACAGAGUUGGAGGUAGAACAUACACUGUCAGAAAUGAACAUGUUGAUUAUGUAGAUGUUGGCGGGGCUUAUGUUGGACCCACCCAGAACAGGAUCUUAAGGUUAUCUAAGGAGCUGGGUUUAAAAACUUACAAAGUGAAUGUAAAUGAGCGUGUUGUACAAUAUAUUAAGGGGAAAACUUACCCAUUUCGGGGUGCAUUCCCUCCGGUAUGGAACCCAAUUGCAUAUCUGGACUACAACAACUUGUGGCGGACAAUGGAUAACAUGGGAAAAGAGAUUCCAGCUGAUGCGCCAUGGAAUGCUCCCCAUGCACAUGAAUGGGACAGAAUUACGAUGAAAGACCUCAUCGAAAAGAUCUGUUGGACACAGACAGCUAAGCAGUUUGCAUCUCUCUUUGUGAACAUCAAUGUGACCUCUGAGCCGCAUGAGGUAUCUGCCCUGUGGUUCUUGUGGUAUGUGAAGCAGUGUGGUGGCACCACUAGGAUAUUCUCUGUUACCAAUGGGGGCCAGGAACGGAAGUUUGUAGGUGGAUCUGCUCAAGUGAGUGAAAAGAUAAUGAGCCUUCUUGGGAACAAAGUGAAGCUGAUGCGUCCUGUUACUAGCAUUGACCAGUCAGGUGACAACAUCAUUGUACAGACGCUGAAUCAUGAAGUUUAUGAGUGCAAAUAUGUUAUUAGUGCCAUCCCUCCAACUCUGACAGCCAAGAUUCACUUUACUCCAGAGCUGCCACCUGAGAGAAACCAGUUAGUUCAACGUCUUCCAAUGGGAGCUAUCAUUAAGUGUAUGAUGUAUUACAAGGAAGCCUUUUGGAAGAAGAAGGACUACUGUGGUUGUAUGAUCAUCCAAGAUGAAGAGGCUCCAAUUUCGAUAACCCUAGAUGACAGCAAACCAGAUGGAUCUCUGCCCGCUAUCAUGGGUUUCAUUCUUGCUCGAAAAGCUGUCCAACUAGCAAAUCUCUGUAAAGAUGAAAGAAAGAGAAAAAUCUGUGAGUUGUACUCCAAAGUGCUGGGAUCUGAAGAAGCUUUACAACCAGUACAUUAUGAAGAAAAGAACUGGUGUGAAGAACAAUACUCAGGAGGCUGUUAUACCGCCUACUUUCCUCCUGGCAUCAUGACUCAAUAUGGAAGGGUGAUUCGCGAACCAGUAGACAGGAUUUAUUUUGCUGGAACAGAGACAGCCACACAUUGGAGUGGGUAUAUGGAAGGAGCUGUUGAAGCUGGAGAACGAGCAGCUAGAUCGAUCUUGUAUGUUAUGGGGAAGGUGGCAAAUAUAGACAUUGAAGAACCUGAAUCAGAGGAUGUUCCAGCUACUGAAAUCAGGCAUACAUUUUGGGAAAGACAUCUCCCCUCAGUGCCAGGCCUCCUGAAGUUCAUUGGAUUGUCCACGUCAGUAACUGCCCUGUGUUUUGUGGCAUACAAGUUUAGGCUGCUGAAAUGAUCCUGAAGUACACUCUCCACUUAGUCUUUUCUAGUGCUAUCAGCAGAAAAUUGUCAACAAAUUAAUGGCUGUGUCUCAUUAGACUAUCAUUAAGUGCACUGGAUAUAACCCCUUAGUUUAGUCUGUGAUAAAGUAAAAACAACUCACAGAAUCACCUCAUUAAAAUCAGUAAGUGCAAGCUCCAUCUCAUUUGUCUAUGUAAACUAAUUUGUGUUGAUUGGUAGAAUAAAACCUUGUGGUCAUUUUUUAAAAUUUCAAGUUCAAGUGUUCAUCAGAAAUAAUUUCUAUGUCCUAUUUCCCCCUUUAACAUAAAAUGCCUGAUGCUUACAAAAAUGAAGCCUUUAACUUUCUAUAGAAGUUAAAUAGGUGAAGGCCCAGCUUGUGACUGAUUUUUUCAGUCUUUAGGAAAUGGUGAAGUGUAGGUCCAGAGUACAGGAGGUCACAGCUUCUUGGGGUGAGCUGAUUCCACCUUGGAUGAAGAAAUAGUACAUGAAAGCAGUAGAGGUAGACCAGUGAGGUGGGGAAGGGCAUUUUUUAGGCUAUUGCCUCAGGAAUCUCUGGACUGCUUCUAGUCCCUAUGAAGUUUCUAGAUAUCUUGUACCAGUGAUAAAUCACUUGUAUAUUUUCCCCUUUUGCUUCUUAAAUGGGACAGUGUUUACCAAGGCAUAAUGAUUAAAUUGACUUUCUGUGACUUCUGUACAUCUCCCCAGGUGAGCAAAGUAAACUAGUGCUAGGAUUGUUCCCAAGAGACCUCCCUGACUAGCUAGCUCUACAUGAGGCAUCUUCUCUUCUUCCUGGAAUAUGGCUAGAUAUCAUUUUACUCAAUGUGAUAUCAUUUCACUCAAUUGUGACAUCAAUGUUAUCAUUGAUGAUAAAAUUCUCUACCAAUUUCAAGAAAGCAGUAUUUUCCUUUCUUUCAGGCAGACCCUAGCUAUCUGAAAGCCCUUAGUGACAUUUUUUUUUCUUUUUUCCUAUGACCAUAGUAGAGUUAGACAGACCUGUUAAUUUCAAUAUGUUUUCAAUAUGGUUACCCUACUGUUAGCAUGCCAGUUUCUCUCAAAUAACUGAAAAAGACAUUAAAAAUUUCUUAUUGUUAUUUGUUGAGACUAUGAGAUACAUAAGGAAAAUUAUGUCUCUAUAUUAUAAAUUCACCUGCUUUACUUAUUAAAUUUUAUAUAAGAAAUGAAAUUCAGUGAUUUUACAUAUGAAGACUAAGUUCUAUAAGGAAUUAUGUGGGCCCAGAGCAGUACCACCUCUUGCAUUUCCAAUUUGAAAAACUAUCAAAUGUUUAAUAGCCCCUUCCAAAGGUUUCAGCCACAAACCACUUCUUUUUUCAAUAUAAAUAUGUGGAGAAAAAUCAGCAUAGAUGUGAUCAAAUAAAGCAAUUGAGAAGAUUCAGUGGACACAGGUACACAGGUGGUAGAUACACAGUAAAACCUUAUUGUAGAGCAUCAAUGAAUGAAUGUUUCAUUUCAAAUGAAGUUUCUAGAUAGCCAAAACUUACUCUUUUAUGUGCCAAAAUUUUUAAAUAAAAAUUUCAAUGAACAUAUUUCCAUACAUUAUUAAACAAGCUACAUCCAAUUAAUUUUUUAUUGAUAAGGUCAAUCAUUAUAUGCAUGAAUUAUAUUAUAUAAUAAUACCAUCAUGUUUGCCCUUCUAUAAAAUGUCACAUGAUUGUUUUGUAGCUGUUGAGUGGGCUACUGCUUCUUCUGUCUUCUCCCAUAUUCAGCAUUUUAUUUCAUAUCCACUUUAUUUUCUAACACCCAUUAACCAAAUCUAUUUUGUAUUGAAUGAGAAUUAAAGACCUCCAAAGGAGAACAACCCAAGUUUAUUAUAUAAUCAACCUUAUCAUAAAUCCACAAUUAAGUUAUGACCAUGGUAUGAGGAGUUAAGGUAUUUGUUUUGCCUCACAUUAGAGCAAAGAGUAGGAUUUUUUUUUUUUGCUGCUCUUUAACUUUAAUUUGAAAAGUGUUUUAUCUAAUUUAGUUUUGGUAGUGCUUUGGAUAUGCUCUAGUACAUAGUGAGGUGAACAUACAUCAAACCACUUAAUAGAAAUCACAUCCCUGAUCUAUUUCAGUUGGUUCUGUUCACUUACUUAUUAACUUGGCUCUGACACACCUUUUGGCAAAAUCUCAACUGGCAAGAGUUUUAACAGUAAUCAAGUUGAUAGCAUAUCCAAGUUUUCAAUAUUGAAGAACUCCUGAGUAUUCAGUUACCCUCUUCUCAAACUUUUUAGAAAGCCGAUUAAUUUAUUCUAAUUAGAUCAGCCCUAUUAAGCUACAGAUUGACUAUUAAAAUGGAUGCCAUUCCAGAUGUGCAUAAUCAUAAAAUUGGAGCUGAAAACUCCCACCAUAUAGGAGAUUGUUCAACACUAAGAAAGAUACCAUAGGUCUUUUCUCCAUUCCAGAGAAACCAGUCAAUUUCAACAACUGAUAGAGCCAGGCUCUGUUAAGGCAUCUGCCUAACAGUUCUGAGGGCUGAAUUGGUCUUACUCCAUUGUAGGAUUGAGAAUUAGAUUUUAAAACUUAUCUUUUUGUCACAACUGUUAAAUAAGGAUCUAUACUACACUGAGGAAAAAAUAUUGAAGGACCAUGAACUACAUUUAGUUUGAUUGUAAACUUGAUGCCUAAUGUUCUGUCUGAAAUGUACCCAAGUACUAUAUGUGGGAGUAUGCAUAAGUGUUUGUUUUGCAACUGAAAUAUGAUUUUGCCUGUAUGGUACUGUUGAUUUGUUAAUAAAGUGUACUACCAUCCCUGA